UUGAUAGUCAUGUAUAUUAUUACAUCCAUUACCCUUUCUUGUGAUUAGGUACUAGUAAUAAUGAUUACGUUUCUUCGUUAGCGUAUUGCAUAAUUCUAAUACGAUUUUCUGUUAUGUUUAUCAAGAAAUGGCUGUAAAGCUUUGUUUUUUAGUCUAAAUGAACAAUUUUUAUAAAGCAAAUUGUUUCUCAUCAUUGAACAAUUACAUCUAAUAAAAAUAGAUGCAUAUGUCUACUAAUUACAUUGUUGCCUUAUAAGAUUGUUAGUCACAUUUUGAUAUGUAGCCAUUUUGUUACAAUAGUUGCGAAUUAGUGCCUGUUGCUUCAAUCGGAAUCUUAUUAUUUUUUUAAACUAUGCAAUUCAGAAUUUUGCCUCAUUUUGCUCUGCAUAUGGUCAAUAAAUUUAAAAUGCCUCAGCAGUCUGUCGUGGUAUUCACUACUAUGUUUUUCAGUCUUCUGACGUUUCUCAGAAGCCCGAAUCUUUAUCGUUUCCUAGUUUCAAACUGAUCUCAUUAAACGCUAAUCUACCCACGUUUUACUCAAUAGCACCUAAUAUAUUUCAAUGUCUCUUUGUGAAUCAAACGAAAAGCCCUACUCAAGGAGUUACAUCCACCUAGAAAACUGCGAUAAAAAUGACUUAAAAAUACGUAUUAUGCAGUGGAACAUGCUUGCUCAGGGCUUUGUUCCGUUGGACGAAUUCAUAUACUGUCCUUGUAAAAUGUUGUCGUUUGAACGUAGAUGUAAAUCAAUCAGUGAAGAGAUCCUGCGUUAUGAUCCAGAUAUUGUUUGCUUACAAGAAGCAGACAUAAUUAAUGACAUAGUAAAAAGUCUCAACGCCAGCAGUGGGAGAGAUAAUUAUUCGUUUUGUUUUCUACCAAAGAUGUCCUCUCCUUGUUUGAUGGUUAAAAAUAAUCACGGGCCUGAUGGACUUGCUGUUAUUUAUCGGAAUGAUAAUUAUGAACUGAUAAAAUCUGAAAAGAUUCCUCUCAAUGAAGACAAUUCACGUUGUGCUCUUUUUUGUCACUUCAUACCCAAAGAUGUUGAACACUUAAACAAGAGCUGCCCUGAUAUCUACAUAAUAUGUCUUCACUUAAAAGCUAAGGUAUAUUGUUCUGAGAUACGAAGAAAACAAGGAGAAGAACUUGUUAAAUAUUUAAAUUCAUUUAUCAAGCGUAUUUCUUCCACUUCUGCACCUGUAAAUAGUACUGUAUUUCCUCCUAUUUUUAUUUGCGGUGAUUUCAAUGCUGAACCUACAGAACCAGUAAUUAAUAUUUUACAAAAUUUCUCCUUGAAUUCUAACACACUGUACAAGCUCACAAGUGCUUACUACGUAGCAGGUGGUUGUAACGAACCUGAAUUUACAACAUGGAAAAUCAGAAAAAGUAAACGAAUUGUAGAACUUACCGAAGACUGUCACACGAUUGAUUAUAUUUGGUACUGUGAUCGAUUAUGCACUUUGUUAGGUGCUUGGUCCAUUCCAUCUAAAACUGAAAUUGGUCCUAAUGGUCUACCGUCAGCUAUAUUUCCAUCAGAUCAUAUGAAUUUAAUUGCAGAUUUUAGUUUACGUUUAUGCAAGUAGUAUAUAGUCUUCUUUGAUCUAUCACUUUUUUGAUAAACAUUAAUUUCAUCAUAUUUACUGCUUGAAUUGGUUUUUUCAUUGAUUUGUUGUUCUAAUUUUCACAAUGGGAUUUAAAUUUAGUUUAAUAUAGCUUCAAGUCAAUUGAUUAACUUUGGUUGUUAAUUUGCAUAAAAUUAGAAAUCAAGUUCUUAUUAACGCUUUACUGAAAUUUUAUUUUUGUGAUCAUUAUUGAAUAAACUGUGUAAAUAUGUUUUGACGAUUUAUUUCUUUAAAGCGUAACUUCAAAGUUUCAUGUUUUUUCCCUGAUUAAAUUUGACUUCAGUACUAGUUGCUUAAAAUCCUAUCUCUUUUACUUUAUAUAUUUUAGUAAAUUAAAUUAAAUACAUCGUCACUUUAUCGCAGCUUAAA